UGAUGAUGACAAAACAUAAAAUUAUGAUAGGAAGAGGAUGAAUUCUCCCACAGAGGAGAGCAUGAUCUCACCAUACGUUAAUCUGAAGCCAUCAACUGCACAAGCUUUCUCUUGGCCAUGCAUGCUACUAUUUUUUGUUAUCUUCUCGUACUCCUCGUUUCAAGGUUGCGUAUUCACCUCCAGCAUCUUGCUAGCUGGCAACCACAUCUUCUUUCCGUGUAUCAGAGUGGUUUGUGGCCGCAUUUUGUGCAGCUACACCCCUCCGAGACCUUCAGAGAAUUCCCAACUAUUUUCAAGAACCACAUGAAGUCGUCACUUGCUGCAAACUCAAAACUUGCUAUGUACAGGAAAGUUGUCAGCAAGCAUACUCAUUGGGAAGAGGAGAACACGUUGAUGGUUUCUGAGUAUGCCUGAUGUCGUUGAGACGCAUUGUAUUUGUCCUCGGCCUUCAGGUUCGCUAGAGUGGAAUUUCUGUUGUCUUUCCAUGCUCACCUCCGUCAGUAUGAAUUGCCAAAACUAAAGUCGGUGUCAAGGGUGCUUCUCCGCUCGUAACAUUGGGCUUUUACGCCUGUGGGUGUAUACGUCUGAUCGUUCGACUGCAUUCAACGAUGAAGGCGGGCACCACAAACUCCCGUGCCUUAAGGUUCUUAGAAGUAGCUUCCUUGGUUGGGCCCCGCUCCAGGUAUGUAGCAGGUAUGUAGCAGGUAUGUAGUGAGGUGCCCGAUUGCGGCUCCUUGCCUGUGGCAGGGCUGACAGCCUGACGGGCCAGGGCAUCGAGGUAGCGUAGUGGGAAGUGGAAGCUUUUUCGGCCCAGCAGUAGCGGAAAGUGGAG